GGGUAGGGCCAAGUUUUCACUGGUGGAACAGUAUGCAUAUGAUUAAUAAAAACAAAGAAAUACAACUUGCUUACAAAGGGCCCGACGUAAAGGGUAAAGAAAAUAGAUUUUGGCAUCGCCAGGAUAAUGUAUACAAACUUUAAUAUGUCCUCAAAUGAUGUCUAAAACAUUUCUAAAAGUCUCUUUACUUGAGAUUAUUUUUCCAUUUUCUCUAGUCCAUCUCUAUGGAAGGAGGAGGCAAGGUUCUACACAUAGUGAUGUUCCCAUGGCUAGCCAUAGGCCAUCUCAGGCCGUUUCUUCGGCUAUCGAUAUGCCUAGCUCAAAAAGGCCAUCGGAUAUCCUUUAUUUCCACCCCUCGCAACCUGCAUAGAGCUGUUAAAGUACCUCAGGAUUUGUCCCACCUAAUCAACGUCAUCGCCUUUCCUUUGCCGGAGGUCGAGCACUUGCCGCCUCAUGCAGAGUCGUCCAUGGAUGUGCCCCAUGUCAAACAGCAGUUGUUGAAGGUGGCCUUUGAUCUGCUCCGGCCAUUAGUAAGUGAUUUUCUUGACAACGUUAGGCCUAAGCCGGACUGGAUUGUGUACGACUAUGCUUCCCACUGGCUGCCCAAACUUGCCGAAGAGAUGGGCAUUUCCCGCGCGUUUUUUAGUCUCUUUACUGCAGCUUUUAUGGCGUUUUUGGGAUCGCCAUCUGCGCUGAUGGACCAGAAAUACAGCAGGUCAACGGCUGCAGACUUCACCAUCGUGCCUGAGUGGAUACCUUUUCCAUCCGACAUGGCUUUUCGUCUUCAUGAGAUGUCCAAGAACAUGGAAAAAGAUGCAGAUGGCAAUGAGUACGACUCGGGCACAUCCGAUUCCAUCCGCUUCGGCCUUUCCAUAGAUGGCAGCGAAAUCGUGAUCUUCAGAUCAUGCGUUGAGUUCGAACCCGAGUGGUUCGAUCUUGUUCGCCAACUUUACCAGAAACCAGUCAUCCCAGUGGGCAUUCUGCCCGUGGAGGACGAAGAACAUGACAAUAACGAAGAAUGGCUAAAGAUCAAACAAUGGUUGGAUGCACAAAAAGAUGACUCAUUAGUCUAUGUUGCACUUGGAACUGAAGCUGCAUUGUCACAGACAGAAGCUCAGGAGUUGGCCCUUGGCUUAGAGCAAUGUGGUUUGCCCUUCUUCUGGGUGCUAAACAGAAACUAUCUCCCUGAGAUGCUUCCUGACGGAUUUCAGGACAGAGUUGCAAACCGGGGAAUGGUUUACACGGAAUGGGCACCACAGAUAAAGAUACUUAGUCAUCCAGCAGUAGGGGCAUUUUUGACUCACUGUGGCUGGAAUUCAGCUACAGAGGCGCUCGGCUUUGGACGAGUUUUGAUCUUGUUCCCUGUCAUGAAUGAUCAGGGACUGAAUGCUCGGCUUUUACAAGAGAAGAAAGUGGGAGUAGAGAUACCGAGGAACGAGAAAGAUGGAUCGUUCACGAGAGACUCAGUGUCUGAGACGGUGAGGUUAGUAUUGGUGAGUGAAGAGGGCAGGAAAGUGAGAGAGAACGCAAGAAAAAUGAAAGAGUUGUUUGGGGAUAAGAGUAGAAGCAGCUCUUAUGUUGACAGUUUAGUUCAACACAUGGUACAAACAAGGACUAGAUAGUCUCUAUUUGGGUUAAAUUUCAAUUUGAACAAGUACAAAAUGUGGACUUUUUCGGGAUAAAUGAGUAAAUAAUUAUACUAAAUAAUAUAGGAAAAUUGAACUGGGGUCUACACAAAUUUCAUAUUAACUAGACGAAUUAAAUAAAAAAUUAAUCACCCACCGGGCAACAGUAAUAUCUUGAGUUGGGAACUCUAAUUAUAUAAUUUGAUAUUAAAUUUUCAGUGCAUUUGUAUUUGAAGAUUUGUAAUAAUUGAAGCUACACUUUUCUCCUCUUUGUAUGUUCAUAAAUGCUACAAUGGUGUAUUCAAUACCAAUUUUAAUGAAAUAUUUAAAUUAAUAAUGUCUAUGUAGUUUACUGGAAAAGAUAGAAUUAGCUUAUUAGAUUUAAUGUGGAUUUCUUAGGAGAUGGAAUGUAUUUAUGGAAGGGGUGCUACAUUGAAUAGAUGAUUCAACCACGGAAACAGAAUCCAACACAUCAAUAUUCUACAAAGUCGAACUAGAAAGAGUUUUUAAUUGUUACUACAAGCACAAGCUUUCCCUAGAGAAAAGAGUAAGAUUGAGAGAUGAGUUUGCCCAAGAAUCACGAUCAUUUCUAGAUCCACUCAUUCUUCGAACAAACAUCAUCAGUAUCCGUGUACUGACCCUGAAACAUGUUUAUUGGCCCCAAGUCUACGGAAAAAUAAGAACUGAAGGAUACUCGCUAGCACUAAACCUUGAGAAUCCAAACGUACCUUAUGCACUUACUAACAGGUCCAGAUGUAAGAUCCAAUGUAGAUUGAAAGUAAUAUCAAGCAAGACAUGACAUUGAGACUGUAAAAGAUGCAAA